AUGAAGAGGAAGGACCAGAUUAUCCUCGACGACAUCUUUGAAAAAACGGACUUCUCACAACCCCAACACCGGAAAAGCCCAAAACUUGUUGUUCAACAAUACCCAACGGCAACUAAAAAGCAGUUGAAGGAUAUGGAAAAGGAUCGACUUCUCAACAUUUCAUUCGACGAGUUUGACGCUGACCAACUUGAACAAUUGGAUAUCUUCCAAUUGCGUUUUCUAUUAGAAUCGGGAGCUUUCCCAAUGAGUUCGAAUCAGAAGUUGUACAUCAAAGAACACAAUUUACGACAAAUGUUGGGGUCGAUGUUUCUGGAGAACUCAUCCCACAUCAACAGAAAGGAGUUCCCCAAAUUUUGUAACUUCUUCUGUCAGAAGAGAGACGAAGUUACCUGGGAAACAGUCUCUGUUAUUAAUUUAUUCAGUGACCAAGACGAAAGAUUAAAUGACCGACGAAUUAAACCAUAUCAAAACGAACCGGUUCAACGAUUUGAUGUGGUCCACAAACAACGACUCACGCGAGAAAAUAUAACAACGGGAGCUACACUGGACGACUAUCACCACCUCAUUUUAAAUCAGUUUUUCCAACGAACGUCGACACUCCAAUGGGACAGGCCAAUACAAUUUAUUUCCAACGAAGACAAACAACGAGUGAACGAAGUGUUGGUCGAGCCCGGGAAGUUCAAUCGGAGAGAGGAGACAAACACCCUUUUCGGGUCGUUUUGGGGAGGGUUAAACGUGUUUGAUAUAUACAAACCUGGUGUUAGUGAAGAGAUGAAAAAUGCGCAAAACGUCUUUGUAAUACAGUUGAGCGAAAUUGUAUGGUGUUUUGGUCCACUUGAUGGACUUGUUGUUUCAUUCUUCUUCUAUGACUCAAAGAAGAACGAACGAGUUACAAGUAGUUACUUUGAAAUUAUGCAACAAACUGAUAUGUCAGUGAUGUCGAAACUGGGGAGUACGUUUGCGGUGUCACUUGACCAGAAACAAGUUGAAAAUGCGGGGUUGUGGGGUGUCAUACAAAUCUAUAAGAUGUUUGAUGGUGAUCAGAGUUUGGACGGGUACAUAGAAAAUGGUGAGAGUAAGAUGUGUGUCAAAAUGAUAGAUAAACAGAGAAGCGCGAGUUCCAAACAACGGAGUAAGAACGAAUUUUUUGUCCAAUAUUUAGGCACUGGUGUUGUUGACUUAAAAAGUGAUUUACUGGAGAAUCGAAAAAGUUACUACAACAUGAAAGUGUAUUCCUGUGAUGAGAACGACUUGUCCCAAUAUUAUAAAAAUGUUGAAAACGGGAAGAGUAAAAUACUAAGUGCGUCGUGGGGGUUUAAAAUAGAGAAAUUGGACCACUUCACUGCUGCCAAUUUGAUCAUCACACAAGACGGUGUCAUUCAAAAUGUUGAGGCGCAGCCAGCUGAAGCAAAUGAAAAGGAGAAUGAAGAGAUUCCGAUGUUAUACAACAUAGUCAGACUCAAAUCGAGUUCGCAAAUAUACACGGAUUUCUAUAACACCCUUUUCAUAUUCCCAACAGAGAUUGUGGUUCCAAAGGAGAAGAAGAAGAAUUGUGGGUAUUGUAUUACAUGUCAACUUCGGUCGGACGAUAUCAUCAAAUUGACACAACCAAUUUUGUGCUUUUACUCAACGAGUAAUAUGAGCAACUUGUUGUUGGAUAAAAUCAAAACGUCUGUGACAACGGGAAAGCAAAAUAUCUUCACCGACGAAAUUCGAAUGAAACUGCCAUUUCCUUUGACGGUCAAACAUCACUUGUUGUUUACAGUCAGUUUGGUGUGUUCCGACGACUUCUCCGAAAAGGUCAUCUUUUACGCAACACUUCCGUUAUUUAGAAAUUCAAUGAUCGUGUCGUCGAUGACGUACUCUCUUCCACUGAUCCGAGGAGAACCAACUGACGGGUAUUUAAACCAAAUUUCUAUGGAUGGGAUGAAGUGUUCGUUGAACCUUAAAAUUGACGUGCAGUCGACGAUCUACCCCCGCGAGAAAAACGUGUUUAAAUUACUGAAUGGACAAUUGGCUGGUAUGGAAGGAGCACUCGCGUCAAUUCAAGUCCAAGAGGCAAUUCAUUUUCUUCCCUCCAUUGUUGAAUUUUUCAUUAUGAAGGCAAAGGAGAAUUCACUGGAGAUUUCGUACCUCUUUGACAUCUUUGCCAAAAUCGCGAAUUUGAAUAAAGACCCAACAAAGCGGUCGAAGUUCCUCACAGACUUUGUUGUGAAUUACUCCAUUGAAGAUGACAAAGCGGACGUUAUUGUCACCGAACUGAUAUACCAAUUCUUUGUGAGAAUAUCGGACUCCUUUGGCAAUUUAGAAAACGUUCUGAAACACUCGUGGGUACUUCUUAAUAUCUUGCUGAAAGCAAUGAUUGUCAUGAUUCACAAUAAAAAGGAGAUCGAAAGUAAAUUGGCGACCGCACUGAUUCUUGGGUGUCGGAAGUAUUCACAAAAUCUGCGGUACAUGAUAAUCAACAGGGGAAGUCGUGGGGUGCUGGAGGGUAAUUACAAUUUCGGAGAGUUUGUCGAACGACUGUAUUCCCUCAUCGACAAAGCUACACUAACAAGCAUUGUAAUCAAACACAUGACAAUUCUUAGUUCAUCCCUUUCGACAGACGAAGUCAACAAAUUGGACAAGAAGAGCGACGCUUUUCAUAUGCUUGGGUUGUGUCGCAUUCAGUUUAUUGGCGUGCUUGGAUUUUCGCCAAAUUUCAUUCUGUUCAACAACCCAAAGCAAUUGCAGUUAAACUCCAUUGAAAUGAUGGGAGACUACUUUGCAGAGAACCACCUGGUCUCAACAUAUUUUGUUCGUGAUUUGCUGAACAUCACUUUGCGCGAAAACAUUGUUGGUAAAAUCGGGAUGUAUACUUUAGUGUUGUUAUUAGUCCAUUUUAAUUACGACAGUCGCUUCCAAGAAAUGAAUCAACAGAGUGAGGUGUCGUCGAUAUUCUUCGAAGUGUUGAUAUACCUUCUCGAUGAGUUUGAGAAGGUCAAAGACUUUCACUACAACCCGUUUAGUAUUCAAGACGAAGAAAUUGAAGAUAUCAAAUUGAUGUAUCUUGCCAUGUUCUACAUUCUCAAACAUCUGUCCUAUGACAUAUUUAAGUCGUGGUUUGAAAAGGAAAUUCCAACGCGAAUGGAAGUGUUUCUGAUCCACAUUCGUCGUGCUCUGAUGCUCUUUUCACAUUACCCGUUCUUACCAAAAGACCCAAUUGUAGAAAUCCAAAUACUAAUAGCUACAUUAAGAGAGAGUGUCGAAUCAUCUGUCUCCCCUUCAAACCAUAUGAUGAGAAACACCAUUGCAAUCGAUUUUAAAACAAAACCAAGUCGUGGCUCGGCUCGACUGACAACUCGGAUGGCAGGACAAGACUUUUUGCUCUCUUCUGAGUUUGGCCAAGACAUCACCAAAGCCGAUAUAAUUCCGUCGCAAUCGCUGAAACCCGAGAAGAGUGAAAAAGAGUUGGAGGAGAAAUUGAAACAACGCAAAAAGGGACAACGCAUUGAAGUUCGAAAUGUUGUUCGUGAGAUGAGUUACAUAGCCAUGGACUGCGCUGAAGCUCUUUUUGAACGAUUUGAAAAUGGCAUUGAUGGUGGACAGUCUCUUGAGAGACUGGAGGAAAUUGUUUCAAGCACUUUGUUUUCCGUCGACGAGAGUGAAGAAUAUUUAAUGAAACUUAACGAAUUCAUCCGGACACUAAUUCUUCGCCACCGACAUUUUUUAUUUGAAGGCAAUUCACAGUUUGGUGGGAUUCUUCUUAAAAACCUGCUAAAGAACGUCAACUCCACACAAGAAAAUUUGAAGCGCAAUUCAGUCGACUUGGUAUACACGAUGCUGAAGAACAACUUCAUCUUCUCGCAGAACAUUGAGUGUUGUAUGUCCGAUGCCGCCGUUUCCCUCUCCGAGUUGAAUUACAACGACAUCGACGAAUUCCGGAAAAUGAUUCGAUCAUUGCCAGUCCAAGCUCAAAAGGACUUUGACGACUCUUAUGAGUUGAUUGCGCAACUUCGGAAAAGGUAUUGGGAAGAAGGUCAGAAGAAUGUCAGUUCGUUGGUGUCUCUCCAAAAGAUCAAUUACGUUGUUGAAAUCGGGGACUUGGAUGUCUUUGUAGUAUUCAUGGACUCUGUGAUGGAAGUGUACAUGGACGUUAUACGGAUCGUCCAGAACUUGGACACAAACGAAGUCUUUGGAGAAUACAUCGACGUCAAAAGCGCCCUUCUUGGAGAGUUAAAAACUGCGAUGCUCUUUUCAGAAGACGACGUCGAAGCACUUAAGUCGAUCAAAAAGAACGUGGGAAAAGGAUUUGAGCAAAUUCAACUGAAAAUUGAGUCUGGCAUUGACAAAUACUGUCAGUUCAAUAAAAUCUAUUUCGAAGAAAGUCGGAAACUCGAGAAUGACAAAGUGAAAGACGAGAAGAGGAAAGAGGCUGUGUUGGAGAUGGACCAUUUCUUCGACAUAAUCCUUUCAAAAAUAGGGAAGGUUUUAUUGGACGGGAAAGUCACCGAAUUUUUGAAUGAAAUUAAGACUUUCAGCGAGCGGUGGGAAGACGCGAUUUUUGAAAGUGAAGAACUUCAAAAAGUCACAAAGAUGAUAUUAGAAAAGACAGAAUCGAUACUUGCAGAUUACAAUUGCAAGGUCACCCAAAUUGAUACCGCAUUUUAUGAACAAAAGAAGACCGACUUUUCACGAGACGAGUCAAUCAUAGACGAAAAAACAAAGAGUAAAGUGAAGUACAUUCAAACGCAAUACGAAACAUCAAUGCAAGAAAUUUCUGAGACGAACAGAGAAGAGUAUUUAGAAAACGUGUUGCACAGCAUUACGGGGUUAACUGAAAAUUUCUUGGACCUUGAAAUGUCAAUUGAGAAGAACAGAAGCGAUCGUUGCGAGGUUGAAGAGCGGUUCUGUAACUUCCAUGAGUAUCAGGCAGUCAUUGCUGUUGGUAUACAAAUAUGUGAAUUUUAUAAAACAGUCAAAGAACAAUACAACGCGAAGAAAGAGGAGAAAAGGAAGAAAGAAGAAUGCCUGUCGGAGGAAAUACACUUUAUGAUCGAAGUGAUGAAGUCGUACAUUUGGACUUCUAUUGGUUCUAACAUUCUCCAAGUACAUAUGAGAGAAUGUGGAAGUUAUUUGAAAGCAGUUUCAGCAGCAGCGUUUCUUGUAUUACAACGUGAAAGUGAGGUGCAAAAUGGUAUUCUUGAAUCGGAAAAAUCUUACACAAAAAUGGUCUCCGUGAGAGGGGAAAGUUCUCUCAAGUGUACUCUUGAGAAAAGUUCAGUGUUUAGCCAAGUCCAGAAAUUUUCCGAGGUGAACAAGAAGAACCAAAAACUGUUUGCGGAGUUGGCGGAAUGUUCCAAACAGAUCAGCGCAGCUGUUCUUAAGGAAGAGCAACAAGAAGCUAUUCGGAAGGAGUAUGCAGUUACUUUACAGUAUUUGUUUACUGCUACGGAAACCUUUAUUACACACCCACAAACUAUUAAUCAAGCUGUCUUUAAAGACGUUCAAAUCCUUUCGCAACGAAUUGGGCAAUUCGAGAAUUCGGACGACAAAUUUGGUAAAUUAAAUAGAUAUGUCGACUAUAAGAUAUGCAAAGACCCGUAUCAAACGAGAGUGAACAAAAUCAUGGACUCGUACUCCGACAAUAUGCUUGGAACGAACACAAAAAAUGUGAAGAAAACUGCAACAAUAAAGAAGAAGAAUAGACACAACUCAAACAGUUUCAAACCGAAUAUCCCCGUUUUGAAGGGAAACAAAUUUUUUGGAGCGGAUUUGGAGUUCAACAGAGACUCGUUCAUAGACGUUUCGAAGAGUCAGCAAAUGAAGUUUGUCGGUGAUUUGAAGGAAUUUGUGUUGGCGGGAGACACCAUUUUACUCAAAUUGAACGACAUCAAAAAUUUGACAAGAGAGAAGUCGACUGAAUUACUUAUUGAACGGUUCAUGACAUUUGCGAAUGAGUACCAGAACACCGCGAGAGUACACAUUGCGUGGGUGAAGAAAAUGGUUGAUGAGUAUUUGAAGGAGAAUGUAUUGUGUGAAGCUGGUAUAUGUUGUUUACAUAUUGCGCUGUAUAUUGGCCUGUUGUACGAUUUCAAAUGCGAGAAAUUGCUUGAGAUGUGCGAGCGACCGAAUGUAUUGGGGAAGAAGAGUGGCAAUGUAAAGGAGAACAUGAACAUAGUUGUAUCAAGGGUGAAGCAAGCGGCGGAGUUGUUUGAGGCGUGCAAGCGGACAAAGAUGGCGAUAAAGUGUUACUUUGUCUUAGUUGACAUUUUUGAGGCAACAAAACAAAUCAAAGAGCUUGAGAUAUGUCAUAACAACCUUGCAAAUUUGUAUCAAACGAUUUCGAAUGAUAACGAUGAAUUUGUGGACUACUAUUAUCUUGUUGGGAAGAAUCAAAAGUCGUUCGGAUUUAUCAAUAGAAGUGAAAAGAGUCUUGACGACUUCAAAAAGGAGAACAUCAAUAAAGGGAAUCUUGAAGAUGUAGUGAGAGUGUUUCCCGAAAAAAGUUACAUAAAAGGUGAAGAGAAUGGUCGGACGAGGGUAUUUUACUUAGAGAAAGGUGGCAAAAGAGAGAAGUUUGUGACUGAGAUUGCAAUGCCUUCGAUGUUAUUGAAGCAGAAAGUUGUUGAGUGUUCCAUUGAAGAUAUCAAAGAAAGCACACAAGAAAGUAAGGUGGAGAGAAGCGAUGAAAUGUAA